AGCAAGCCAUGUAGGGUUGUUUUUCUUCUGAUAGGAGAGUGGGUGGGGGGCAGCAGUCCACUCCUACCACGGUCGGUGGCUCCAUCUGCGUUUAAAACUAGAAUCUACGGAGACGAAGCGAGCUGUUUCCAAUUCGGGUUGUCAGCAUCAGAGAGCCUCCUGUGUUUAAAGUGCCUGUGCUUGUGCAGAUGAGACCAGAUUUAGCCUUCACUUGACGCCGAGUCCUGCAACACAACCGCACUCCCAUUCUUCUACCCUUCUUAUCAUUUAACGAGACUUUAUUAAGCUAAAGGAUUUGCUUAAAACGGAGAAAAGUCAAACAGAUCACCCGUUUGUCUUUUCUGCUUGUUCCACGCGUUUUUAUAAUGCGGAGCGCACUUUGAAAUCUAUUCUGCUACAGGUGCAUGAUAUUUUUUAACAAUGCAUGUGGAAUCCAGUUAAAUGUUAGCAACUUUUGGAUGUGUUUUCUGGGACGUUAAUCGACGAGAAUUUCCCAGUUUUCUUUCUGAUGUAUGCUGGAUUCUGAAAAAAAAAAACCCAAAUUGAAGGAUCUUUAUAGCUAAGGUUUGAUGUCACAUUUAAGGUAAACAUUUGAAUGAGACAAAACAAAAUGGAGCUUGGAACUUCUUCAGUCGCCAAUGUGACAGAUCCCUGGAUUUACUCCGGUUUUUUCAUUGGAAAUGACUCCUCAGCAGUCUCCACUAUUGCAUCUACCAAGGUCGCUGACCUUAUCUUUGACAAGACCAGCAGCGUGGUCAUCACCUUCUUGUAUUUUGUGGUGUGCGCUGUGGGACUGUGUGGAAACACAUUAGUCAUCUAUGUGAUCCUGCGUUAUGCCAAGAUGAAAACUGUCACCAAUAUUUACAUCCUGAACUUGGCCAUCGCAGAUGAACUGUUCAUGCUUGGACUACCCUUUAUCGCAAUACAGUUGGCCCUAGUCAACUGGCCUUUUGGACAAGCCCUUUGCCGGGUAGUAAUGACCGUUGAUGGACUGAACCAGUUCACGAGCAUCUUCUGCCUGACGGUGAUGAGCAUUGACAGGUACCUGGCUGUAGUCCACCCCAUCAAGUCCACCAAAUGGAGGAAACCAAGAAUGGCCAAGAUGACCAAUGGGGCGGUAUGGGCUCUCUCGCUGUUGGUCAACCUGCCCAUCAUAAUCUACAGUGGUGAGAGGAGAAGUCACAGGGGGAACAGUUGCACCAUCAUCUGGCCAGACCCUCCAGAGGCAUAUUACACAGGGUUCAUGUUCUACACCUUCUUACUAGGAUUCUUCAUUCCUCUAACGGUCAUCUGCCUUUGCUACCUGCUGAUAAUCAUCAAGGUGAAGUCCUCCGGGAUCCGAGUGGGCUCUUCCAAAAGGAAGAAGUCAGAAAGGAAGGUGACCAGGAUGAUCUCCAUCGUGGUGGCAGUGUUCGUCUUCUGUUGGCUGCCCUUCUACAUUUUCAAUGUCACGUCCGUGACAGGCACUAUCACCACCAGCCCUGCCUUGAAGAGCAUGUUUGACUUUGUGGUGGUCCUGAGCUAUGCCAACAGCUGUGCCAAUCCCAUCCUGUACGCUUUCCUGUCUGAGAACUUCAAGAAGAGCUUUCAGAACGUGCUGUGCCUGAAGAGGGUUGGGGGACUGGACGAUAUAGACAGGAGCGACAGCAGACAGGACAAGACCAGGAUGAUGAAUGAAGCUACGGAGACCCAAAGCACACUGCUAAAUGGGGAUCUCCAGACCAGCAUUUGAAACAGAUUUGAAAGAUGUGUUUCAGUCCAAAUCAAGAAGUCUUUACCCCUUCAUCUAUGGAGAUAUCUAUUUCCAUUACCUCCACUGAGUGCCCCUGCAUCAUGGAUGAUCUGUUUCUGAUAUUGCAAUAUACUGACCCAUUUAAAAUCACUUCAACUAGUGAAAACCUGCACGAAUCUGGACAAAACUUGGUGUGCUACAUGCCAUUUUGUUGUUGUUGUUUGGUCUUUGACUGGCAAUUACGUAGAUAUAGUUAAAGUUUUAAAGACAGAAUUCUUGAGAAUUUUAAGUUAUUGUACAGUAUUUUAACUUAUUUAUAAGAAACUUUAUAAUUUAUUGGCCUAGUUUCCUCAGAUGUAGUAUAGACAGACCAAAAAUAAUCAUCCCCAGUGACCUGCUUACUGUAUAUUAAAAACCCUAUGUGACAGUAUUUGGAAAUUCAAGAUUGGACUUUUUCUGCACUCUUCAGAAAUGUGAAAACAUGAACAUAUUCUCAGAAAGGAUUUAAAACAAGAGAUAUAGAAAAUGCUGCUUCCAAUAAAAGUUCUCAGAGUACCAACGCAAUGUUUUUAAAAGCCAUUUUUGGUUAUAGCUUAUUUUCU